AUGAGAUUCAAGGUGAAGUGUGGAUUGGAAAUUCACACACAGUUGAAAACUCGGCUGAAAUUGUUUUCCAAUUCUCUGAACAAGAGCCAAGUAUUAUCGAACAAACCCAACACCAAUGUGUCCUUCUUCGAUGCCGGCCUUCCAGGAACUCAGCCAGUUCUCAAUUAUGAGCCUGUAUUGCUAGCUUUGAAGGCUGCCAAGGCAUUGAAAAGUACCGUGUCACCGAUAUCUACUUUUGACAGAAAACAUUAUUUCUAUGGAGACCAGCCGUUGGGAUAUCAGAUCACUCAGCAUUACCAGCCCAUUGCCAAAGGCGGAUACCUCAUCCUUUCCUCUAGAUUUGACCAGAUUUCACAAAACAAAACGAUAGGAAUCGAGCAGAUUCAACUGGAACAAGAUACGGGGAAAACACUGUACAAAGACCUCACGGGAUUAGCCCAUGUGGAUCUUAACCGUGCCAACGUUCCUCUGAUAGAACUGGUCACGAAACCCGAUUUCUCCAACCCCGAGGAGAUAAUUGCCUUUUUGAAACAAUACCAGUAUAUCGUCAAGUUUUCAGAUAUAUCUUCUGGUGAUCUGGAAACGGGAGCCAUCAGAGCCGAUGUGAACAUCUCCAUAGAAGGAGGAGAACGUGUUGAGAUCAAAAACCUGCCCACUACAAGUGCCAUAAUGCAUGCAACGAAAUACGAGAUAAAACGUCAGAUCUCACAGUUUGAGAAGACAGGAAAACAUAUUACCGAAACGGAGACCCGUGGAUGGAACGGGAAACAGACCUACAAGCUUCGUGAUAAGGAGAACGCCGUUGACUACAGAUACAUGCCUGAUCCCGAAUUGCCUCCUCUGGUUCUUGAUGUUGACGAGAUUAUGCCUCAGGUUGAAAUAGAAAAACCGAGGGAUGUCAGACUUGAGGAACUUAUGGCUGAGCCAUAUGGUCUCAAGCUAAGAGAUGCAAUCACGCUGCUCUACAAUCCAGAAUUCCACAGCUAUUAUAUGGAGCUGUUUCAGAUCCUCACUACCAAGAAGAUAGUUAAGCGUGACUUGAUUUCGAACUGGAUCUGUCACGAACAAGUUGGUGCUUUGAAGAAGCUGGGAAGACCGCAGGACGAAUACCUCCCCGCAAGAGUCAUGUCCGAGCUGAUUUUUUCCGUGGACAAAGGCUCAAUUGGCUCCAACAAUGCCAAGCUUUUGUUAAUGCAUCUCUUAGAUAAUCCCCAAGACCAGGUACUGCCAAUCGCCAAGCUGAUUAAGCAGUUCGACCUGGGUAAGACCACAGAUGAUGAGCUGGAUUACGCCAAAAUCUGCGAAAAUGUACUAUCCCAAAAUGAAGCCGUUAUCAAGGAGAUAAGAAGAACUAAUUCGCAGGGAAAACUGAACUUUCUUGUGGGCCAAUGCAUGCGGAUCUCUAGAGGCAAGGCCGAUGCCAAUGACUUCAGGAAACGCCUAUUGGAGAUGAUAACGACAUAA